AUGGCUAUGAAUAUCAUCCCUCAAGUCCUGAAAAGCGGAGGUCAGGAAGACCGCGGGGAAAUUGCGCGUCUUCAAUACUUCGUUGGAGCGAUUGCUGUCGGGGAUCUCGUCAAAUCAACGCUGGGACCGAAAGGAACCGACAAAAUUCUCCAACCUAUUGGAGGUGAAGGAUCUCGACGGGAUAAGACGACAAUCACAAAUGAUGGAGCUACAAUAUUGAAAUCUGUGUGGCUCGACAAUCCUGCUGCUAAGAUUCUUGUCGACGUGUCAAAACAGCAGGACAGUCAAUGUGGAGACGGAACAACCGGCGUUGUUGUUCUUGCCGCUGAAUUGCUCAGAAAUGCCGAGCAGUUGAUUGAACAGAAAAUCCAUCCACAGGUUGUCAUCGCCGGAUAUCGUCUUGCUGCUAAAGCGGCUCGUGAGGCUCUUGAGAAGAUUGCUUUUGAUAAUUCGAACAGCGAAGAGAAGAUGAAAGAAAAUCUAAUGAACGUUGCAAAAACAGCUUUGUCUUCGAAACUAUUGACGUACGAAAAGGAUCAGUUUGCCAAACUAGCCGUUGACGCGAUUUUGAGGUUGAAAGGGAAGCCAAACUUGGAUUAUAUACAGAUCAUCAAGAAGUCUGGAGGAACUCUGCGAGAUUCUUUCCUUGAAGAAGGAUUUAUUUUAGAGAAGGCGUUGGGUGUCGGACAACACAAAAAAAUUGAGAAGUGUAACGUUCUAGUUGCAAAUACUCCGAUGGAUACAGACAAAAUUAAAAUUUAUGGUGCAAGAGUGAAGGUCGACUCGUUCGAAGCAGUAGCAGAAUUAGAAAACGCUGAACGAGAAAAAAUGAAAACAAAGGUAGAAAAAAUCGUUGCGCAUGGAUGCAAUGUUUUCAUCAACCGCCAACUUAUUUACAAUUAUCCCGAGCAAUUAUUCAAAGAUGCUGGAGUCACCCCAAUAGAACACGCAGAUUUUGAUGGAACCGAAAGACUUGCAGCAGUUCUUGGAGCGGAAAUUGCUUCGACAUUCGAAAGUCCAGAUAAAACUCUGUUGGUUUGUUGCGAUUCGAUCGAGGAGAUUAUGAUUGGAGAGUCGAAAGUCAUUCGUUUCACUGGAUGCAAGAGCAAUGAAGCUUGUACGAUCGUCUUAAGAGGAGCGAAUCUUCAUAUUCUUGAUGAGGCUGAGCGGUCUCUUCAUGAUGCACUUGCGGUUCUGUCCCAACUGGUUCUUGAUACCCGAGUUGUCUAUGGGGGUGGUGCUGCUGAGAUGGCAAUGAGUGAUGCUGUUGAUUCAUUGGCUCGGAGUAUCGGCGGAAAAAAGAGUUUGGCAAUUGAAGCUUUCGCUAAAGCGUUGCGCCAGGUUCCAACGAUUAUUCUCGACAACGGAGGAUUCGACUCAGCGGAGAUUGUCGCAAAACUGAGAGCAGCUCAUCAUAACGGAGAGUCUUAUAUGGGAAUCGAUAUCGUUAAUGGGGAUGCUGGCGAUAUUCGACAACUUGGAGUGAUGGAGGCUUUCAAGUCAAAGUUGUCGCAGCUCUGCUCUGCGUCUGAAGCUGCUGAAAUGAUCAUUCGUGUUGAUGACAUUAUUCGGUGCGCUCCACGUCGACGCGAAGGAAUGUAA